UGCGCAGGGACUCCGAGGGCUUUGCCGAAGACUAGUCGGCGCAUCACAAUUGCAAUCGGCAACGGCGGCCAGUUUAUUCCAUUCCCCCCGAGCAUUUCAAAUCACGCCCGCCCAGUCGGCUCGCUCCUUGCCUGGCUCUUAUAUCAUGUUUGCCCCAUCGUCGCGCGUCUACAGAACACUGCUCACCUCUGCACGCCUGCAAACAGCCUCGAUCAACCCCGCCUCGACCGCAACCCUCUACCGACCACUCUUCACCCAGCGCUUCUUCUCCAAUACCGCAAGCAUGAGCGAACAAAAGCAGGGCGUCCACAACCUCCAGAACAAGGCGGAAUUCGACACCGCCAUGAACGACAAGGACACGCUCAUGGUUCUCGACUGCUUCGCGACAUGGUGCGGCCCUUGUAAAGUGAUUGCCCCCCAGGUCGUCAAGUUCUCCGACACAUACCCCAAGGCGCGCUUCUACAAGCUCGACGUGGACGAGGUCCCCGACGUCGCCCAGGAACUCGGCAUCCGCGCCAUGCCCACUUUCCUCCUUUUCAAGGGUGGCAACAAGGUGGCCGAGGUUGUCGGUGCCAACCCCAAGGCCCUCGAGGCCGCUAUCCAGGCCAACAUCGACUAGGAAGCAUAGCCUGCAACAUAUUCUCGAAUGCCCCGCAAACACAGGCCGUCUCGUCUAACCGACUAGAUGCGUGCCUUGGAUGCAUUGGCUGCGUCGGGUCUCUUGGGAGGGGGGUUGAAUAACGAAUAGAAACUGGGCACAUGCAGCAUUGCCAUGACGUUUUUCCCAGACUAAAAAUACAAGUUCCUCAUGCUCAUUAUUUUUAGUGUCGCCCUGUCCUUUGUACCCUGUUUCAAUUGCGCAAUCGGUUUACCAAUGCAGCCUUGACUUUACUCGCCGACAUGGGGCUGCUUUCUCCGCCAAAUCUCCACAUCUUCUAGUAGACAGAGAUGCGCAAGCGACUCCGUGACACAAUGCACGUCGUGUUGCCUGUCUCAACCUGGCAAGGCGAGCUGACUGCCCGGCAGUUGACCAAGGCUCUGUAAACAGGCAUGUACCCAGCGGAAAAACGGUCGCCAC